CACAGACGAGCCUCUCGCACACAGGCGAACACGAGAUGAUGAAGUUUCUCGCCAAAAGAGAGGCGGAGAGAUCGACUUUGAGAGUUUUACGAUGUCUCGAAUAACCUGUAUAUAAUCAUUGCAACAUCGCUGCUGAAAUGUUGUAAUCUUCUUCAUCACACUCAGCUUCAUCAACAACAACAACAGCAACCUUAGAAACAUUUCAUCGACAGUCAUCCUUUUUCAUACUUAACAUCUCCGGCAUUUAACAAUUACAUAUAUCUUACCACCAAACAACAUGAUGAACAAGAUCGUCUUCGCUCUGGCCAUGGCCUCCGCCGCCGUUGCUGCUCCUCUCAACGCCCGCCAGGACGCCUGCCAGGACGCCUACAAGGCCUGCAUUGCCGCCGGUACCCCAGAGGUUGCUUGCUCCUGCACUCUGACCGCCUGCGUCGGUGAGGAUAACGCUCGCAACCGCGAGUACUGUGCCUCCGCGACGGCCAACCUUCCCAAGCCUACCUCUACCGGCAUCCCCGGCGGCUGCAACCCGGCUCAUCCCGGAUCUUGCCCCUCCUCAUACUUCACCUACACCACUGCCACUGCCACCGCCGCUCCCGCGCCAACCUUCACUUCCAUCUCCGGAAUCCCGGGUGGCUGCAACCCUGCUCACCCCGGAUCCUGCCCUUCGUCCUACUUCACCUACCCGACCCUCACUGCCACCGCGGUGCCUACUCCCGCACCCACCUCCGGAUCCGGCGGAAGCGCCCCCGCCUACCCCAACCCCAAGGCAGUCGAGGGCAAGACUUGGACGAUCAAGGACAUGACCCGUUACUGCGGCGAGAAGAACGACGGCUGCGACUACAACUUCGCCAUCGAGGCUGAUGGCAAGACUGAGCGCUGCACCGUCAUCCGCAUGCCCGGCUCCAACGCGGCCACCGAGAGCUGGUCCGACCAGCCCUGCACCUCCGGCUCCAACUUCAAGGUCUCGUGGGGCUACGUUGCCAACCCCGCCCCUGCUUUCGCCGUCGUCACCGUCGUCAACGGCAAGGAGCUUGCCUGGUUUGGUGUCUCUGACAUCAACGGCAAGCCUGUCACUACUGCUCCUUCCAGCCCCUUUGGCUCUGGACAGUUCGGCAACCUCGGUCCUGAGCAGGUUUACACCUACUGAGCGGCUUUGCAGAAUUCGACUCCAAAAUUGCAUACAUUGAUUUUAGCGACCAUUGAUUUGACGAUACGAAACAUCGAGGCAUAUGAUACGAAGCAUGGAGAAGGUACCCCAAACUAGACACUCAUUAUGAUAAUGUUAAAUACUCCCUGUACAUCAUAUAUGUACAAAUACACAAUCCUUAAUUAUUUGCUCCUGCAAAAGACUCUAUCGCUUGAUGUCCCU